AAUAUUUAUACGAAAAAAAUAAGUCAUUUUUGAUAUUUAGUAUAAAUAUAUUAAUAUGACUGAAUUGAUUUCCAUACCUCUUAAGAAGUCUUCUGAUGUUGAUGUUAUAAAACCACUGCAAAACCUUAUUAAAUCAACGUACUCUAUUACAUCAAACCAAAAAGAUUAUAUAGAAAAUAUUAUAGAAUUUAGUAAAUUACGUAAAGCUGCAUUAUGGAAAGUAUUUGAAAAAUAUGAUAGUUCAUUAGAAAUAAUUUACAGAUAUUACGAUCAAAUAUGUGCUUUGGAAGGAAAAAUUCCUGUUAAUGAACUUCAAAUUCCUUUUAGAUGGAAAGAUGCUUUUGACCGAACAAUCUUUGGUGGAAAAUCAAAUUUGACCAUAAGUACACUUGCUUAUGAAAAGAUGUGUGUUCUUUACAAUAUUGCUGCUUUGCAAAGUUCAGUUGCAGCCACACAAUCCUUAGAAACUGAUGAAGGAUUAAAACUUUCAGCAAAAUUAUUUCAACAAUCUGCAGGUAUUUUUAAUUAUUUAAAAAGUAACGUAAUGUUAAAUAUACAUCAAGAACUUACACCAGACAUGAGUCCUGAAACACUUGAAGCACUUUCUGUUAUUAUGAUAGCUCAAGCACAAGAAAUUUUUACGCACAAAGCAGUACACGAUAAAAUGAAAGAUUCAGUUAUUGCUAAGUUAGCUGCUCAAACAGAAGAGUUCUAUUCUGAAGCAUUAAAAUUAUUUCAAAAAGAUAUUUUUCGUACUUUCUGGGAUAAAGAUUGGAUUCCACUUAUAUCUGGUAAACAACUUAUAUAUCGAGGAAUAUCAGAAUAUUAUCAAUCAUUGGUUUGCAAAUGUAACAAAUAUAUUGGAGAAGAAAUAGCUAGAUUAGAAUUAGCGGUAGAAAUGUUUAAAUCAGCUCAAACAAAAUCAAAUAAAUUAUUAAUGUACCAAGAUUACUAUAAUAAGGCUAUUAAGAACUUAAAUGAUGCUAAAAAAGAUAAUGAUUUUAUAUAUCAUGAAAGAAUUCCCGAUAUAAAUAAUCUUUCAACAAUCAGCAAAGCAAGUGUAGCUAAAUUGUUGCCACUUCCUGAUAAUUUCAGUUUAAAUUUUCAAGAUAUUUUUGCUGAAUUAUUACCAAUUUGUAUUCAUCAAGCAAUAUCAAAUUUCGAAGCACAGAAAAAUGAAAUAAUAAUAUGUGAAAUUGCAAAAUUGCGAAAUAUGAGACAAAUUUUAAAUGGUACUCUAGCAAGUUUAAAUUUACCAGCUGCAAUUGAAGAUAUUAAUGGAACAGAAAUUCCACAAUCAUUAAUUGACAAAGCCAACUUCAUUAAUGAAGCUGGCGGAAUUAAAUCUUUAGAAAGUACAAUGAAUGAACUUCCUGAACUUCUUCAAAGAAAUAAAGAUAUUCUAGACGAGGCAGAUAGAAUGUUGAACGAUGAACAAAAUUCAGAUGAUAAUUUACGUAUUCAAUUUAAGGAUCGUUGGAAAAGGGUACCGAGUGGAAAACUGACAGAUCAUUUCAAAACUAAUGCUCAGAAGUAUCGAGGAAUUAUAAAUAAUGCCAUUAGUGCAGAUAAGGUAAUUCGAGAAAAAUUUGAAAUGCACCGUGAAAAUGUAAAUAUACUAAGUAUGGAACCACAUAUUUUAGCAAAUUAUAUUCCAACUGGUUGUGCAAUCCAAGAAAGUAGUGUUGUACUAGAAUUACGUAAACUUAUGGAAGUGGUUGAAACUUUAAAAGUAGAACAAGACGCUGUCGAGUGUGAAUUACAAUCAGUUACCAUCGAUAUACAAGGGGUAUUUCUAUCUGCUUUUGCAAAAGGUGGAAGUUUUAAUGAAAAUGAUUUGAUUUUAGAAAAUAUUGGUAUACAUUACAGUCCAUUACAAAAAAAAGUUCGUGAGUGCAUUUUACGCCAAGAGAAGCUCAUUGAAAAUAUUCAGUAUAAACACAUGGCAUUUGCAAAAGAACAAUCAUCUUGCGGAAGCACACGUGAACAAAUGCUUCGUAAGCUUGCCAAUGCUUAUGAUGCAUAUAAGGAAUUAAUAAAUAAUUUACAAGAAGGUGUAAAAUUUUAUAAUGAUUUAACACAGUUGCUGGUUUAUUUUCAAAAUAAAGUUUCUGAUUUUUGUUUUGCCCGUAAAACAGAAAAAGAAGAAUUAUUAAAGGAUUUAACAACAAAUCUAAGUCAAAAUGAAUCGUCAGGUUCUUUAAAUCUUCCAUCCCAUCAUCCAGGUAUUUCAUCGACGCAAACAAAUUUACAUACAUCUCAUUUACCAUAUCCAGUUCAAGAUCAAGGGCAUAUGCCAAUUCCAUAUGAAGGAACACAAGUAACUCUAUAUCCAAAUUACAUUUCACCUCCCAUGCCAGCAACUUUUAAUCCUUACGCCACAAUAAUAUAUCCUACACAAGAUGGAUAUCUACAACAACCAUUACAUCAAACUCCUUAUGAAAAGUACUCCACUCAUUCACAACAAAAUCUUUCAAAUGAUGGAAAUUUAUGAAAAAUUCUUUAUAAAAGAAUGAUUU